AUGCGGUCGCUCAAGCUUCUACUCGCCUCGGCGAGUGUUGUUUCUGCAGCCUGUCCCUACAUGUCAGGGGAGAUGCCUAACAGUCAGAAAGGACCCCUCGAUCGCCGCCAUGACACUGUGUCCGACCCUACGGACCAGUUUCUUAGCCAGUUUUACAUUGAUGAUGAACAGUCGGUUCUAACAACGGACGUGGGUGGUCCCAUUGAGGACCAACACAGCUUGAAGGCUGGAAAUAGAGGCCCAACUCUACUUGAGGAUUUUAUCUUCCGCCAGAAGAUCCAACACUUUGAUCAUGAGCGGGUUCCUGAGCGCGCCGUCCAUGCUCGAGGAGCUGGUGCCCAUGGCGUAUUCACGUCAUAUAAUAACUGGUCGAAUAUCACUGCCGCAUCCUUUUUGAACGCGGCAGGAAAGCAGACACCAGUAUUCGUGCGGUUUUCUACAGUCGCUGGUAGCAGAGGCAGUGUUGACUCUGCUCGCGAUAUCCACGGAUUUGCGACCCGUCUGUAUACCGAUGAAGGCAAUUUUGAUAUCGUUGGAAACAACGUUCCAGUGUUCUUCAUUCAGGACGCUAUUCAAUUCCCUGAUUUGAUUCACGCUGUCAAGCCGCAACCAGACAGUGAAAUUCCCCAGGCUGCAACUGCACACGAUACGGCAUGGGAUUUCUUCAGCCAGCAGCCCAGCUCAUUGCAUGCCCUCUUCUGGGCAAUGUCAGGACAUGGAAUCCCUCGCUCAAUGCGACAUGUUGAUGGGUGGGGCGUCCAUACCUUCCGACUCGUCACCGAUGAGGGCAACUCGACCUUGGUCAAGUUUCGCUGGAAGACCCUCCAAGGAAGAGCGGGCCUGGUAUGGGAAGAGGCACAGGCUCUUGGCGGAAAAAAUCCCGACUUUCAUCGACAAGACCUUUGGGAUGCCAUUGAAUCUGGAAGGUACCCUGAGUGGGAGCUGGGCUUUCAAUUGGUGAAUGAAGCAGAUCAAUCCAAGUUUGAUUUCGAUCUAUUAGAUCCCACCAAAAUCAUCCCAGAAGAUCUUGUUCCCUUCACCCCAAUCGGAAAAAUGGUCUUGAACCGAAACCCAAAAAAUUAUUUUGCCGAAACUGAGCAGAUCAUGUUCCAACCAGGUCAUGUAGUUCGCGGAAUCGAUUUCACGGAUGACCCUUUGCUUCAGGGCCGCUUGUACUCCUACCUUGACACUCAAUUGAAUCGCCAUGGAGGUCCCAACUUCGAGCAACUACCGAUCAACAGACCCCGCAUCCCAUUCCAUAACAACAAUCGCGACGGUGCUGGACAAAUGUUCAUCCCUCUAAACACAGCCGCAUAUACACCCAACUCAAUGAGCAACGGAUUCCCUCAACAAGCCAACCGGACCCAUAACAGAGGAUUCUUCACCGCACCUGGGCGUAUGGUAAAUGGACCACUAGUGCGCGAGCUCAGCCCGAGCUUCAACGACGUCUGGUCCCAACCGCGUCUCUUCUACAACUCACUCACGGUCUUCGAGAAGCAAUUCCUCGUCAACGCUAUGCGCUUCGAAAACUCCCACGUGAGGAGUGAAAUCGUGCGCAAGAACGUCAUCAUCCAGCUGAACCGCGUCGACAACGACCUCGCCCGCCGCGUCGCGCUAGCUAUCGGCGUCGAACCCCCAUCCCCGGACCCAACCUUCUACCACAACAAGACAACCGUCCCCAUCGGCACCUUCGGCACGAAUCUCCUGCGGCUCGACGGGCUGAAAAUCGCCCUCCUGACAAGAGACGACGACAGCUUCACGAUCGCGGAGCAGCUCCUGGCCGCGUUUAACAGUGCCAACAAUAAAGUAGAUAUCGUCCUAGUGGGCCCAUCGCUUGAUCCCCAACGCGGCGUGAACAUGACCUAUUCCGGCGCCGACGGCUCGAUCUUCGAUGCCGUGAUCGUCGUCGGCGGCCUGCUCACGAGCGCCUCAACGCAAUACCCAACGGGUCGCCCGCUCAGGAUUAUUACGGAUGCAUACGCGUAUGGAAAGCCCGUUGGCGCCGUCGGUGACGGUAGUAAUGAAGCCCUUCGUGACGUCCUUAUGGCCGCUGGUGGGGAUGCGUCAAAUGGGGUGGACCAGCCUGGUGUGUAUAUUUCCAACGAUGCAAGUGAAGCCUACGUUAAAAGCGUCUUGGACGGGUUGACGACAUAUCGGUUCCUCAAUCGGUUCCCGUUGGAUAGGUAA